AUGGGUGUCGCGCAGCGCGGCGUUAGAUCGAAGGCGCGGGGGCGUUCGACGCGCAUGCCCGGCUCUGCCUCUCCGCCGCCACGGCUGCCGGGCCGCAGUCGCACCGCGGUACCGUACGCGACGCGCCAUGUCGGCCGGCGCUGCUACCUGACCGAGCAACCAGCUCUUGGAAAAACAAACGUUGUGAAAACGCGAUUCGGAUCACCGUCAUCGAUCGCAAAACGCACGGGGUUUCGGACAUCGGCGAGGAGAUGUUACAACCACGCCUUCGAUGGUUACAACAUAUGUAUAUUCGCAUACGGGCAAACGGGAGCGGGCAAAUCCUACACCAUGAUGGGUCGCGGUGAGGACAGCCAGGAGGGCAUCAUACCACAGAUUUGCAAGGAUCUCUUUAGACGCAUUAAAUCUACAACCAACGAUGAUCUUAAAUAUUCUGUGGAAGUGUCGUACAUGGAAAUUUAUUGUGAAAGAGUGCGUGAUUUGCUUAACCCGAAAAACAAAGGAAACUUACGCGUCCGAGAGCAUCCAGCGCUCGGACCUUACGUCGAGGACCUCAGCAAACUGGCUGUGACCUCGUACCAUGAUAUCUAUGACCUCAUUGAUGAGGGUAACAAAGCUAGGACCGUGGCAGCUACAAACAUGAACGAGACCUCAUCCCGUUCUCAUGCUGUCUUUACCAUAUUCUUUACACAGCAGAGACACGACCAGGUCACCAACCUCAUGUCUGAGAAGGUGUCCAAAAUCUCGCUGGUGGACUUGGCUGGUUCUGAACGCGCCGACUCGACCGGCGCCAAGGGCACGCGCCUGAAAGAAGGCGCUAACAUCAAUAAAUCGCUCACUACACUUGGAAAAGUUAUUUCUGCACUUGCUGAGAUUGCCUCUAAGAGCAAGAAGUCGAAGAAAGCAGAUUUCAUUCCAUACCGAGACUCGGUCCUCACGUGGUUACUACGCGAGAACCUCGGCGGUAACUCCAAGACUGCCAUGAUAGCUGCCAUAUCGCCUGCUGAUAUCAACUUCGACGAGACCCUCAGUACACUGAGGUACGCAGACCGCGCUAAACAAAUUGUCUGCAAGGCUGUUGUCAACGAGGACGCCAAUGCCAAGCUUAUCCGCGAGCUCAAAGAAGAGAUACUCAAACUUCGGGAGCUGCUCAAGGCUGAGGGCAUCGAUGUCCAAGAAGCCGAGGAGAACUCGUCGCCUCAACGCAAGAAGAGCGAGGCGGAGGUUCUGUCGCCGAAGUUGUCCCGAGCUGCUACGACCAUCGCCGAAGAAGCCGUCGACCAGCUGCAAGCUUCGGAGAAACUGAUUGCAGAACUGAACGAGACAUGGGAGGAAAAACUGAAGCGUACAGAGCAGAUCAGGGUCCAGCGUGAGGCUGUCUUCGCCGAGAUGGGUCUUGCCGUAAAAGAAGGAAUUACGGUUGGCAUUUAUUCACCUAAAAAGACUCCGCAUCUUGUCAAUCUGAACGAGGAUCCAAAUCUGUCCGAGUGUCUGCUUUACUACAUCAAAGAUGGUGUAACCCGCCUUGGUACUUCUGAAGCCGACGUGCCUCAAGAUAUCCAGUUGUCUGGAUCUCACAUCCUCAGUGAGCAUUGCAUCUUCGAAAACACAGACGGAGUUAUUCUGCUCAUUCCCCAUCACAAGGCGCUUAUAUACGUCAAUGGACGAGAGGUGCAAGAGCCAAUAAUCUUGAAGAGUGGCUCUCGAGUGAUUAUGGGCAAGAACCAUGUGUUCCGCUUCACCCAUCCAGGACAGCCGCGCGAGGAGCCCGUCAGUAAGGAAACUCCAGGCACUGAGACAGCUGGAGAGGCUAAUGCUGAUGCAAGUAGCAAUGGCGAGACCGUCGACUGGGACUUCGCCCAAUGUGAGUUAUUGGAGAAACAAGGUAUUGACUUGAAGGCCGAGAUGCAAAAGCGUCUAAUGGCACUAGAGGAGCAGUUCCGUAGGGAGAAGGAGCAUGCUGAUCAGCAGUUUGAGGAGCAACGGAAGAACUACGAGGCCCGUAUCGAUGCCCUCCAGCGCCAGGUGGAGGAGCAGAGCGUCACCAUGUCUAUGUACAGCUCGUACACGCCGGAGGACUUCCACAAUGACGAGGACAUAUUCGUGAACCCGCUGUUCGAGACGGAGUGGUCGGCGCGUGAGGUGGGGCUCGCGGCGUGGGCCUUCCGCAAGUGGAAGUACCAUCAGUUCACGUCGCUGCGAGACGACCUGUGGGGCAACGCCAUCUUCCUCAAGGAAGCCAACGCGAUAUCAGUAGAGCUUCGCAAGAAGGUUCAAUUCCAAUUUACGCUGCUGACCGACACUCCGUACUCGCCGCUCCCGGCCGAGCUCGCGCCGCGCGACGACGCCGACGACGAGUACCGCCCCAGCGCACCCACCGUCGUCGCGGUAGAAGUCACCGACACCAAGAACGGAGCCACGCAUUAUUGGACCCUAGAGAAAUUACGCCAUCGGCUGGAGCUGAUGCGCCAGAUAUACAACAUGAACGAGAGCGCGUGCGCCGAGGACGACGAGCCCGCGCCGCUGGUGCUGGCACCGCCGCCCGGGGCCGCGUCCCCCGCGGCCCCCGCCGGCCCCGCGCCCCCCGCCGACAUUCUGCACUGUAUAUCGGCGUGUGCGCAACAGACGCGCCUCUCGCUGGCCAACCUGCUGCCCUCGAGACAACGGCUGGAGUUAAUGCGUGAGAUGUACCACAAUGAGGCGGAACUGUCGCCCACUUCGCCGGACCACAACAUUGAAUCGGUCACUGGAGGUGAUCCCUUCUACGACAGGUUCCCUUGGUUCCGUUUAGUUGGACGGAGCUUCGUCUAUCUAUCGAACCUGCUGUACCCCGUCCCACUUAUUCAUAAAGUAGCGAUAGUGAAUGAGAAAGGAGACGUGAAGGGCUACCUGCGUGUGGCCGUGCAAGCUGUCAUCGACGCUGAGAAAAACAAUGCGGAAUUCGCAGCGGGUGUAAAGCAGUCCGCGAAGAUUUCAUUCGAUGACGACGUGGUGCCAACGCGACGUGUCAAGGCGAUCACGAACGUCAACAACAUGAACAAUAUGAACAAUAGUGUAGACAAGAACAACGCCCUCAAUUUGGAGGAACGCAUCAAUGAUAUGCAAGAUUCUAAUAUCAAAAUUGAAGAAUUGGCAAUGGGUGAAUGCGAUAAUGAUAGCGGCCGUGGAGAUAGUUCUCUUGCUUCAGAGCUAAAGGAAGAAGACCUUCCUGACCACCUGACCUUGGGCAAGGAAUUCACCUUCCGCGUGACCGUGCUACAGGCACACAGCGUGUCUACUGACUACGCCGAUGUGUUCUGCCAAUUUAACUUCCUGCAUCGCAACGAAGACGCAUUCUCCACUGAGCCAGUUAAGAACGCAGGCAAAAAUACACCACUCGGAUUCUAUCAUGUCCAAAACAUCACAGUGCCAGUAACGAAAUCUUUCGUGGAAUACAUUAAAACUCAGCCCAUCGUGUUCGAAGUUUUUGGCCACUACCAGCAGCAUCCUCUUCACAAGGACGCGAAGCAGGAGGGCGUGGUGUCGGGGCGGCUGCCCCCGCGGCGCAUGCUGCCGCCGUCGAUCCCGAUCUCGGCGCCCGUGCGCAGCCCCAAGUGGGGCGCGGCGGCCGUGGCGGCGCCGUGCUGCAGCUCGCACCUGCACUCCAAGCACGACCUGCUCGUGUGGUUCGAGAUCUGCGAGCUGGCGCCCAGCGGCGACUACGUGCCCGCCGUUGUGGAGCAUAGCGAUGAAUUGCCGUGCCGGGGCCUGUUCCUGCUGCACCAGGGCAUCCAGCGCCGUAUCCGCAUCACGAUCCUUCACGAGCCCUCCCAGGACUUGCAGUGGAGCGAUGUCAGAGAGCUCGUUGUUGGCCGCAUCCGUAAUACACCAGAAGCUAACGAAGACACAUCAGAUGGAGACGAGGAUGGCGCUCUGUCUCUUGGACUGUUCCCUGGAGAAAGACCAUCUCUUGAUGACAGAGCUGUAUUCAGGUUCGAGGCAGCUUGGGACAGUAGUCUUCACGGAUCGCCCCUCCUCAACAGGGUGAGCGCUAACGGGGAAGUGGUCUACAUCACACUCAGUGCUUAUCUAGAGGUGGAGAACUGCAGCCGGCCGGCCAUCAUCACGAAGGACCUGUCGCUGGUGGUGGUGGGGCGCGAGGCGCGCACGGGCCGCUCGCUGCGGCGCGCGCUGUUCGGGUCCCGCGCCGCCCGCGCAGACCACAUGGCGGGCGUGUACGAGCUCAGCCUGCACCGCGCGCUCGAGCCUGGCGUCCAGCGCCGCCAGCGCCGCGUGCUCGACACCAGCGGCACCUACGUGCGUGGCGAGGAGAACCUGCACGGCUGGCGCCCGCGCGGGGACUCGCUCAUCUUCGACCACCAGUGGGAAUUAGAGAAGAUGACGCGGUUGGAGCAAGUUGGCCGCACUCGACACCUGAUAGCGUUGCGUGAGCGACUGCGCCACGGACACGAGAACACUGUCGCUCCCAACGACUUCACUAAGACAGAGAAGGAGGUAUGCAACAUGGCGGCCAAGGCAGCCGCGGAGUGCGCCCGCGACGAGUCCGUGUACGAGCCGUGGGAGAUGACGCCGCGGGAGAGGGAACUCGCCACUAAAUACGCCAAACUCAUGCAGGGAAGGAUAGGUUCGUCCGGCAAGGAGGUGGAGACGGCCGCGUCUCCCUCUACGCCAGUCGACGAGGGUGUGUCAGCUGACAUCUCCACACCCAGCUUGUUGUCCUCCAUACAUAGCGCCAGUAGCUUCGAUGGGUCUGUGUACCGCAGGCUGUGCUCGCCCGAGCGCGGUCUGCUGGAGAAGUCGAUGUCGGGCUGGGCCGGCGCGCACGGCGCGGGGCUGGCGGGGCUGGCGGGGCUGGCGGGGCUGGCGGCGCACGGCGCGGGCGCGGCGCUGUACGUGCCCGACUGCGAGGAGGUGCGCGUGUCCGCCGCCGUGGCGCGCCGCGGGCACCUCAACGUGCUGCAGCACGGCACGCACGGCUGGAAGAAGCGCUGGCUGGUGGUGAGGCGGCCAUACGUGUUCAUAUACCGCGACGAGCGCGACCCCAUCGAGCGUGCGGUCAUCAACCUGGCCAACGCACACGUCGAGUACUCGGAGGACCAGGAGCAGAUGGUCCGCAUGCCCAAUACCUUCAGUGUGGUGAGCAAGGAGCGCGGCUACCUGCUGCAGACCCUGGGAGAUAAGGAGGUGCACGACUGGCUGUACGCCAUUAAUCCGCUACUUGCGGGACAGAUCAGGUCACGUACGGCACGUCGCGUCGCGGGCGCGGGCGCGGGGGCGGGGGCGCCCUGA